ACCACGAAGAAUGCCUUUGGCUUACACCUGAUAGACUAUAUGACCGAGAUCCUGAAACAGAAGGACUCUGAACUGACCAACUUCAAGAUAGCAGCUGGCACGCUUGAUGCCAGUGCGAAGAUUUACGCUGUGCGCGUGGAUGCGGUCCAUGCAGAUACGUACAAAGUUCUUGGAGGCUUGGGCAAGGACUCGACACCUACAAAAAACACGGACAACCGAGAAGGAGAAGACAGUCCCGCUCCUGAGGCUGUCAGGAGAGUUCAGACAAAGAAAAAGCACUCAUUCAAAACCAUCGAGCAGAACUUGAAUAACAUCAAUGUGUCGGAGGCUAAUCGCAGAUGUGAGGUUGAUCCCAUGUUCCAGAAAACAGCUGCAUCUUUUGAUGAAUGCAGCACAGCUGGCAUUUUCCUCACCAGGCUGCACACCCAAAGCUGCCACAGCGAGCUCCUCUUUGACUCGAAGAUCGUGCCUCUCCCUUCUUCAGAGAUGCUCACGCUGCCAAACUCUGAUCCUGUGAAAGUGAUGGAUUUAAAGCCCCUGCUAGCACAGUGCAUUGAAAAACGCCUCAUCUGUUCCUCGCUGGCUGGUUUCCAGUUUACAAAGUGGGAUGCAGAAUCCCACGAUGAGUCAGUGUCAGCCCUGUUGGAUAAAUUUAAGAAGAGCGACCAAGCGUUCGAUAUCAAUGCGGAGGUAGACAGCGAUGUGGAAGACUCUGUUCCCGCCCUAAGUGAUGCGGUUCCUUUUGGAGAGGGAGACAUCGGGACCAUGUGCCUUCACCUCUCCAUGAAACCCGGGGAAUACUCCUACUUCAGUCCCCGAACUCUGUCAAUGUGGGCUGGCCCGGAGCACUGGCGUUUCAGACCUCGACACAAACCAGAUGCUGACUCUGAAAAAGAAACGAAGAAAAGGAGUGCAAAGAUAGCGUUUGAAAUUAAUUUGGAUGAGGAUAUUGACUUUGAGGCAUAUUUCCGUAAGACCAAGGCGUCUGUAACUCUAGCCAAAUCCAUUCUGGAAAGCCAGAACGUGAAAAGCACCACGCUUCCCACAGACUUCAACUAUGACCCUAACAACAUUGUCCAGCUGUUCCUCAAACCAGGUGUUAAGCUCUGGAGGACAUCUGAGCCAAAAAACUCAUUGGAUCACGAAGAUCAGAUCGGCGAGUACGAUUACAACAACCCCAAUGACACCUCUAAUUUCUGCCCUGCAUUGCAGGCUGCGGACAGCGACGAUGAUAAUGACUCCGUUCGAUUCAUGGGCCAGACAGGGGAGUUCAACCUUACCGCCCACCCCGAGGGUGAAGACGCUGAGCUCAACAGGGUUGUCGGCAACGUCGAUAUCACAAUGUAUGGAGAGCUGAACCUCAUUGCUGAGCCCCAGAAGGUCAAUAAGAUCGCAAUUCAGUACGCAAAGACAGCCAAGAAAAUGGACAUGAAGAGGUUGAAGAAAAACAUGUGGGACCUCUUGACUGAUGGACAGAAGAAAGAAAUAGUGGCAGAGAUGGAAGAUGCAGAGAAAGAGAAGGACAUGUCAGUGGUAGCAGGAGAGAAGGUCUUCAGCAGCAUCACAGAGGAACUGCUUCACAGGCUGCCUUCUGCGAUGGCUAACAAUCUGUCUGUCCCCUUAGCCUUCGCCUGCCUCUUGCAUUUGGCAAACGAGAAGAAUCUGAAGCUGGAGGGCACAGAGGACCUGUCUGACGUCCUGGUGAAACAGGGCAACUGA